CGUAGCUAAUACAAUGAUUGCGGGUGCUCAGUCGGUCAUUUACCGCCGUCCAAACCUACCGGGAACCUGCCAGUUGAAUCGGGACUACUUACGAUGCAGGUCACGCCGGUCCUCCUCAGUAUAUGCGUAUGCGCGUUGGUCGCCGCGUUCCCUGCGCCGGAGUUGACGGACGCGCAGCUGGAGCAGAUCCUGUACAAUCCGACCACCAUCAAGAUGUACAUCAGGUGCGCCACGAACGAGGGCCCUUGUGAUGCUGUUGGGAAGAGGAUGAGAACACUCGCUCCGUUGGUGCUCCGCGGCGCAUGCCCGCAGUGUUCAGCCAGGGAGACGCGCCAGAUCCGACGCACGCUCGCCUUUAUCCAACGAAACUACCCCUGGGAGUGGGCCAAGAUUGUCCGCCGGGUCGUCUUGGUUGUCGCGUGCGUGCUGGCGUACGUGUGCGCGCAAUCUCGGCCUCCAGUCUCCGACACCGCGCUUGAAGACGCCCUCAAUGACAAGCGCUUCAUCCAACGGCAGCUCAAGUGCGCGCUCGGCGAGGCGCCCUGCGACCCCAUCGGGAAGAGGCUCAAAACCCUGGCCCCGCUGGUGCUGCGCGGCGCCUGUCCGCAGUGCUCGCCGCAGGAGACCAAGCAGAUCCAGCGCACCCUGUCCUACGUGCAGCGCAACUUCCCCGCGGAAUGGGCCAAGAUCGUGCGCCAAUAUGCCGGCUGAACGCCUGCGAAAUUAAUUUAGUUGUUAGAGCGUUGUCGGCAUUGGCUAUCAAUAUAAGUUUGGCCCCCGAAUCCACUCACCCGAAUAAUUACAAGUAUAUCCGAAAUUAAGCACUGGUCUAUCUGUCACUGAACUUUGAAGACUGAAGAAUGACACCUAGUUCACAAGGUGCUUAUUUUCAUCCCGUGUUGGAUGCGACUACCUAUAUUUUUGAGGACACUUUUACUGCUGAGAGGAACAGAGAAAAGUACCUACCUAUAAGUUGUUUCCCUGUCCCACUUAGCAAGAUGCCCUUAAAGUACCUACUUAAAAGCUUUAAGUCCUCACUAAACAAUUAGAAGUUAUUACGAUUCUAAAGGCACCUAAAGUAACAAAUAUGACACAUAUCACUAUCAGUGCUGCCAAUGUAAGCCGACCAAGCCGACGCAUUACAAAACACUCAUCAGAUCUCAUGAUCUGUAUAAUAUUUUUAUACAAGGUGACUAUUUCUAAGUACAUUUAAUUAUUAAGUUAGUGUAUAUAAAUGUGUAUAACUUCAAGCAGGUAAAACUGCUACAACAUUACUAUCAGUCAGUCAGUAUACUUAUUACUAUGUCUGCCAAUGAUGUCUGCUGUAGUACCAAGGUCCAUACAGAGUUGCUUUUCCCAUCAUUAGUAUAUGGCGUGUAAGCACAGAAUAAUUAAUAGUACUACCGUACAGAAAGGAAACUUCCUACAAAAACGAAGUUUGACAGCGGUUCAGGGUCGAAUCAUGCUGGCCCUUUCUAAUAUAUGACACUAUCCCUUUCGGCUAUUUAGGGUUGUCAAAAAUCAAGUGAUUAUCUUAUCUGUGGUCGUGCACGCAAAAGGAAGUGAAGUGGUGCCAACCCUAAUAAUUGCUCGGAGCAAUGCUGAGCCGAGCGGAGCCGAGUUUGACCGA